UCUCGUUCCCAGAGCACAGACCCUCAGAGCUCCAGGACACCCAGAGUCUCUGCUGUUCACUGCCCACAAACAGCAGCUCUGAGUGGGACACUUCAGCCUGACACCUGCCCCUCCUCCUCCUCCAGCACCACACACCUGAGAGGGUUACUGAUGGACAGAGACAACGGAGACAACAAGAGCUUUCCAGCGAAAAGGUUCGGAACGCCAGGAGUUUAAAAGAGAAGAGAAGAGAAGAGAAGAGAAGAGAAGAGAAGAGAAGACCAGACCAGACCAGACCAGACCUCCCCUGGACAUUAAAAAUCUGGAAUCAGGAAUCUUCGACAAAUGUUUGACUUUCUUUUUUUUUUGCUUUUCAGAUUAGCUCCUCGCUCUCGUGUUUUGGGAACAUUUUUGGGAAUUUUAAUCUGACGUUUUGUCUUGUUUGGAGAAAGAACAGCUGACACACCUGGUUUGAAUUUAAACAUUAAAACCCUGCAUCAUGUCUCCGCCUGUUUUCCUGUGGACGUGUGUCCUCCUGCCGCUGCUGUGUACACAAGCCAAUAGCGUCGCGAAACUCAACAGUCGGGGAAACGCCAUCGACAAGCCCUCGCCUCCUCUUUGGAGCGGGCGGGUCAAAGUUCAGGACGACACCCACACCUCUGACCAGAGUCUCCUCACCGAGCUGCUGGACUUGGACGGAGAGCAGCGCCACCGUCUGGCCCGCGGCACCGAUGAGGAUGAGCAACAAUCCACGUUUGGACAGUCAUUUGAGAACGACUUUGUGACGACGCCGCAGGUCACUGCGCUCAACAACGCGACAAGCGUUGCAGCAGCAGGGGGCGACGGCGGUGAUGUCAACGACGACCGUCUCCAUGGAAACACUUCCAUCUCUAACGACGACGUUGCAGGAUUCUUCAACCCGUUCUACCCUGUGGUGGAGAGUUCGUACGUAGCGUACGCCGUGGUCGUUGUGGCGGGGCUGGUGCUGGCGGUGGGCGUGGUCGGGAACAUGGUGGUGAUGUGCGUCGUCUGGAACAACUACUACAUGAGGUCGGCCUGGAACUACCUGCUGGCCAGCAUGGCAUUCUGGGACUUCCUGGUUCUGGUGCUCUGCCUCCCUGUGGUUGUCCUGAACCACCUCACCCACAGGAGGAUCCUGGGUGACGUCACCUGCCGCAUGGUGCCUUAUAUGGAGGUCGUGUCUCUGGGUAUCACCACCUUCACUCUCUGCGCUCUGGGCAUCGCCCGUUUCCACGCUGCCACCUCCUCGUCACAGCCGAAGGCUCGGCGUGUGGAGCGCUGCCGCUCGGUGCUCCUGAAGCUGCUGCUGGUGUGGUCGUGCGCUCUGCUGCUCUCCAGCCCCGAGAUCUUCCUGUGGCAGCACAGCCAGGCGGUGUCGCCCUCCAGUGGCCGGCUGAUUGACUCCUGCACCGUCACCCUCUCCUCUCCGCUGACCCUCUACUUGCCCGACUCCCUCCACUCGCUGCUGCUCAGGUACCACCAGGGUCGUAUGUGGUGGUGCUUCGGCUGCUACUUCUGUCUGCCCGUGCUCUUCACCCUCCUCUGCCAAAUGGCCACUCGCAACGUCAACAGUGACUACAGCUCCGCCAAGAAGCAGCAGCGUGACCACGAUGACUGCACGUCCAAUCAGAAGCGCCAGGAGCACCAGGCCGUGGAGCGGCAGCGGAACUGCACGCUGCUGGCAUUAGCCGUGGUGUAUGGCGUCUGCGCGCUGCCUGAACACGUGUGCAACAUCACGCUGGCCUACACUCACAUCGUCCUCUCAGAAGACAUGGCCGCCAUGUUGGCUCUAUUACAUCACUUGCUGUUGUUCUUCAAGGCGGCGGUGACACCGGUUCUGCUGCUCUGUCUCUGUAAGACUCUGGGUCAGGCCUUCAUGGACUGCUGCUGCUGCUGCUGUCAGGAGUGUCAGCCUGACGCAGCUCACGGCUCGCCGGGCUCCGCCCACAUCAAACUGAAGGAGGCAGACGAGACGUCCAUCUUAUUCGACAAGGCUAAAGACACGUCGGCCAUCUUGUCCAUCUCCAGCUAGAGCCAUGGGGGGGGGGGGGCUCCUCCAUGAUGAGUCCAUCAUUUCCUGCUGCAUAAAUCAAUCAUCUCAUCGUCUUUAAUUUUCAUUAACUGGCUAGUGUCUUGGCUCCUCCUCCAUCUUUCUCUCUCUUCAAUGAUCACAUUUCUUCAUCUUGUCCAUUUGUUUGAUUUUCUUCUGUGGACACAGAGUCAACCCUGCAGCUUCCUGUCUGUGCAGGAAGUGAGAUUAGAGAGGCUGUGUCUCCUCAGAUUCCUGCUCUGACGACAGAAAACGACGGUUCUGGGUGUUUGUGCUUUGUGUCAAGACGCAGACGGACUUUAAUUUACCAUAAACUUGAUGAAGACGACGAAGUUCAUAUUGAUGAUGAAGACAAAAAUCAGACAAAAGUCCAGGUUAUGUGAGGUGUGAUUGUGUGAGGCACCAACUGUGCUGUGAGCGCCCCCUGUUGCUGUCUGCCAGCCUGAG